GCCGCUUCAAAGCACAACUGACGUCGGCGUGAGGAAGGGUUAGGGGAGUGGAAUUAACAGCUGACUAAGUGAUGGCUUGGCGUCCCACCCAUGUUUUUAACCCCACUCCAGUAACAGCCCCUAUGUCAGCUCGCUACCCACGCGACGCGACUCCUCAACUGUCGCCAAAGCCCGGCUCAUUCCAAACCGUCCGCACUGCUUCGCACCUGGUGGCAGCGCACGAGAUAAUUCCACAAUGGCGACGACGACGCCGCCUCAGUCUUCCGAUGCCUUUGUUGAGACAUCCUUUGACUCUGCCCAUCCUUUCCGGGGCAUUGUGAUCUGUGCCACCAGCAUCCCGCCCGAUUUGAGGAUCGACAUCGCAGCCAAAGCCGUCGAGCUGGGAGGCAUCCACAAGUACGAUCUCACCCCCGACUGCACACAUCUGCUUGUCGGCGAGUACGACACUCCCAAGUACCGCCAUGUCGCCAAGGAACGGCCCGACAUCAAGGUCAUGGCUCCCGGCUGGGUCGAGGCGGUGCGUGAUCUUUGGGUUCAGGACGUCGAGAUCGAAUUUGCAGCUCUGGAAAAGGAAUGGCAGUUGCGAGUCUUUGAGACGGGUGUCGCCGAAGCCACGCCCGCUGAUGCUGAGCCAGAGCGUGGCCGCCUCCUCUGUUGCAUGACCGGCUUCGAGGACCAGGACGUGCGCGAGCAUAUCUCCGAGACUAUCAAAGCCAACGGCGGAGAGUAUACGGGCGAUCUCACCCGCCGCGUCACUCACCUAAUCGUCUUCAAGCCCCAGGGCCGAAAAUACCAGGCCGCAAAGACCUGGGGCAUCCAGACCGUGUUAAUUCGGUGGGUCGAGGAUAGUGUCAAGCGGGGCAUGAUCCUGGAUGAGAAGUGCUACGACCCAACCCUGCCUGAGGAGGAAAUAGGCGUGGGCGCCUUGGUCAAGAAGGUUCCUGAAAAGGUGGCGCUCGGUAAGAGGUUAAGGGAAGGCUCUACAGUGCUCGACGACGGCCGGAGGAAGCUGCGCAAGACCGCAAGCAUGAAGCUGAACAGCCAGAGGGACAACCUCUGGGGCGACAUUCUUGGGAAGCCCCAGACCACAGAGCCGCUGGCCGCCGAUGCUGCUGAAGCCACCUCAUUACAGUCUGCCCGCGGGGCACCAAAAUCACAAGCCAGCGUUGUCGAGCAGGCAUCAACAGGAGGCAAGUCGAUGGAUACCCAGCUGUCGAGAAUUGCCUCGUUUGGCGUAUCAGAAGGCGGUGAUAUCUUUUCGUCGUGCUGCUUUUAUGCCCACGGCUUUUCGGAAGCGAAGACGGCGAUCCUUGUCAAUGCGGUUGCGUCCCUCGGCGGUCUAGUUUGCCAGUCGCUCGACGAGGUCGUGUCCGCAUCGGGCGCCCAACUAGCCCACCGCUUUCUUAUCGUGCCACAGUCAUCCCCUCCCGAGUCCCAUCCCCGGCUGCCGGACAACGUCCAUAUUAUCACCGAGUUCUACAUCGAGAGGUGCAUGCAUAAGAACCGCUUCUUCCAUCCGUCCGACCAUGUCAUUGGCCGGCCUUUUCUCGCCUUCCCCAUUGAAGGGUUUGAGUCACUAUCCAUAUCCACGGCCGGAUUUACCGGCGUUGACCUAAACCACGUGGACAAGACCAUCAGGCAGCUAGGCGCACGGUACGAAGAAAAGUUCACCGCAGACGUGUCUUUGUUGGUAUGUUCAUUGCUGUCGUCCGUCAGGAAGCAAAAGCUAGACUUGGCUUUGGCGUGGAAGGUGCCAGUGGUCAACGCAGAGUGGCUAUGGGAUUGCAUCACAACGGGGUUCAAGGCUCCGAUCAAGGCUUUCCUAUUUCCAGAGCUCAGGCAAAACUUGGACGGUUCCGAAAGAACAGACAAGACAAAAGGUGCGGGUGGGGGUGCCGGCAAAGCCAAGGUCAACCAGGACAGGCUGUUAGCAAGAGACGGAAUUGACAAAGACUUGCUCGCCAAACCCGCAGCAAAGCGCAAGACUCAUCGCGAGACAAGCUUCCCGUCGUUCUCGGCCGUCGCGAAGGAGAUCCAGAGGGCACCGGGAACGGCAGCUGCCCUCCCACCGACUGCGGCAAAAGAUUUUCUGCCGCCGGCGCCGGCAGAAUGGCCACUGUCAAAUGCGACCACGGCACUGCAUUAUGAAACUGCACGGACACACCAGCCCCAGACGAGCAACAGCGAGAGCGAGUCCGGAGGCAAGAGCAAUACCGACUCCGCUCCCCUCUCGGAAACAUCCUCCAAUGCCCUCAACAAAGCCGUGCCCUCCCCGCAGAAACAGGGCAGCCAGCGCAAGCCCAUGAGCCGCGUCACGAGCGAGAUUCCCGACUCUGAAGCUACGGACGGUGACCUCUGCCAGCCCAGCGACGUCGAAGACGAGAACGGGCCGGCGGAAUUGGCCGUAGAGGAAGAAGAAGACCCCGAGGUGGCAAGGAAGCGAGUCGAGGCGCAGCUCGCUGCCUUGAAAGCCGCUGAGAAUAAAGAGCUCACUGACAAGCUCGCCCUUACCGUCCUGGACUCAGCCCUAGCUACGGCAGGGCCAUCCGGGGCCAACGAGAGAGAAGCGGGAGGAGCAUCAGGCGCUGGCGCAGGGAGUGGUAUCCACGACUCCGACGGCGGUGGUGGUGACACAGCUGUUGUAGAGGGUCCAGCUAAGCGAAAUAGGCGAAAGCGCGAGAUCCUCGGGCGCGCCAUUAGCAACGUGUCAGCAGCCAGCAGCACUAGCGGGGCCGCUGGCGCCGACUCGGGCGGCGGCGGGAGCCUGAGCGCUGCGGCCCGUGACGCCGACGGUGGCGAGGGCGAGGGCGGCAGACCGCCGCCGGCCACGCAGCUAGACUACCAGGACCCAGAUGCCAAGAGGUUCCAGGAGCAGGUCAUGCACAAGAUGCUCGGCACGGUGGCCGGGAAGAAGGGGUCUGCGAGGCAUGAGGUGCCGACCUUGGCCUGGGGGCAGCAGCAGCCGCCGGGCACUGGAGAGCGGCGGAGCAGUCGGAGAUAAGUAGCGGGAGGCGUUUGUUGUUUGGUUAGGUAAUUAGCGAGCGGAGGAAGACAUUUACGAUUUAAUACUUGUACAGAGUAGGUAUUUACGAUGCAUCCACAUAUUCAGGGUAGGGGAGGAGUAAGCAUUCCUUCUUGGGUUUUAACCAUCAUGGGAACGAAGCGUUGGCGUUGGGACAAAAAUUGAUGAUCCCCCUCGCUUUGGGGGGAAUUUUCCGACAGAUAGAGUAUUUAAUCGUUAAUGACAUAUAUCCAAC